AUGCUGCUUCGCAAGUUAGAUAAAAUUCCUCAAACAAUUGAGCGACGCCAAAGCGCAAUAACAAGAAUGGAUAAUAGAUGUGCACAAGCACGUGAUAUUUUAUCAAAAUCCGUCGAAAAUAUUGGAGCUAUCCAACCAAAUGCUAAAAUAGCAGACGAACAGGCAAUGACAUCAGCUCGUUUGGAGUAUGAAGCACAAACUUUACUUGACUAUAGUGCUCAAAAAGUUGAAGCUGCCAGAUCAUUAGUUGAUUUACUUGAUCAAGCUGAGCAAGAAAUUCUUUCCGAAAUUAAAUUAAUGGAAUCCUUUUUAGCUACGAAGAAAACAUUUGACCAGAACCCUCUUGCAGACGAUUAUGUUGAAAAAAUCAAGAAUAAAAUGCAAUAUACAGGGAUAGCAAACGAUGGAGAGCAUUAUUGCAUUUGCCGUGGACUUAAUGUUGGACAAAUGGUUCAAUGUGAUAAUCCAAAGUGCCCAUUCGAAUGGUUUCACGUCGAAUGCGUCGGAAUUACAAACAAAACAACAAAAACAUGGUUUUGUCCAUAUUGCGCGCAACUUUUGCAAAAUACUACUACUGAUAAAACGACGACAGACUCAAAUAAUGAUGUAUAA